AGUGAUGGACAAAGGAAGAGGUGCACGAGGAGAAGAGAGCACAUCGUCCUCACGCCCCUCUCCUAAAGUGAUCCCGAGACCUCCCAACCCUCCAGCCUCUCAACCCCUAAGUCCAGGCGUCAGUACAGUUCCCCCUCCCCCUAACCCCUCCUCCGAUUCAGAGCUCCACCCCUAUUCUCUCCCUUCAUACUGUGAUUUGCUCUUUACCGCCUUGCGAGGCCUACAGGGGGAGGGGCUUCUGACGGACUGUGACCUGCAGCUCCAUGGCAACCCCUUCAGAUUCCACUGGGUGGUGCUGGCAGCUGGCAGUGAAAGGGUGGAGGCAUGGCUUCGAGCAGGAAAGGCGGGACUAAACGAGGCCCUGCGACAGCUGUCCGAGGGUCAUGUGACCGCGCCAGGACUUGGAGCUGUGCUGGAUUUCGCUUACGCCGGAGAGAUGGUUGGGACACCCCCUGACACUGGGGCACUGGAAGAUGUGAUGUCUGCUUGCAGAUAUCUAGGUGUUCCACGGUUAGCACAGGUGUGUAGGGGAGAUGGCGCCCCCUGUGUUGGCCCGAAGGAGAGAGAGCAGAGCCUGAAGGUCCUCCGGAGAUUGUGGGUGCACAGAGUAGGCUGUGACGUCCUCAUUCAAACCGAGAAUGGAGAGAGGUUUUCCAGGUAG